AUGGCAGCUACUCAAGCCGCCAGCGGUUUCAACAAUGCGUUCAAAGACAAGGAGAAGCCCACAGCCGUGAGGACCGGUAACAUUGUAGCCGCGCGAGCGGUUGCGGACGCCAUAAGAACUUCUCUAGGCCCAAGGGGAAUGGACAAAAUGAUUCAAACUGGAAAAGGAGAGACCAUAAUCACGAACGAUGGCAACACAAUGUUGAGUCAGAUGAGCGUUCUGCACCCAGCAGCCAAGAUGCUCGUAGAUUUGGCGAAUGCUCAAGAUAUAGAGGCCGGUGACGGAACCACAUCAGUUGUCGUAAUCGCAGGAAGUCUUUUGGGAGCUGCCGAACGCCUGCUCGGAAAGGGUAUUCACCCGACAGUCAUAUCAGAAAGCUUCCAAAGAGCUGCUGCCGCUGCAGUAAAGGUCCUACAUGAUAUGUCUGUACCUAUUUCUCUCACUGACCGCCCCACUCUCCUCAAAGCCGCCUCCACAUCACUCUCCUCCAAGAUCGUAGCACAAGAGCCCAAGCUUGCGCCUAUGGCUGUAGAUAGUGUCCUGAAGAUCAUCGAUGCCAAGACCGCAGACAACGUAGACCUGAAGAACAUUAGGAUCCUUAAGAAGUCCGGCGGCACGAUUGAGGACAGUGAGAUGGUGGAUGGUGUGGUACUUAACCAGCAAGUCCUAAAAAGCGGAGGAGGUCCAACAAGAAUGGAAAAGGCAAGGAUAGGACUGAUCCAGUUCCAGCUCAGUCCUCCCAAGCCCGACAUGGAGAACCAAAUUGUCGUGAACGACUACCGCCAAAUGGACAAGAUCCUGAAGGAAGAGCGCACCUACCUCCUCAACAUGGUCAAGAAGAUCAAGAAAUCAAAAUGCAACGUUCUCUUUAUCCAGAAAUCUAUUCUUCGCGACGCUGUCAACGACCUUUCCCUACAUUUCCUCGCUAAGCUCAACAUCCUAGCCAUCAAGGAUAUUGAGCGCGAUGAAAUCGAGUUCCUCUGCAAGUCUACCGGCUGUAAACCAAUUGCCGACAUUGACUCCUUCACCGAAGACAAGCUUGGUAGUGCAGACCUGAUCGAGGAAGUCCAGUCUUCGGGUGCACGUAUUGUAAAGGUUACCGGUGUUCGUGCACAGGCGAAUACCGUCAGCAUCGUAUGUCGAGGCGCUAAUUCUCUCAUUCUUGACGAGGCUGAGCGCAGUCUGCAUGACGCGCACUGUGUUAUACGCUGCUUGGUCAAGAAGAAGGCUCUGCUCGCCGGUGGUGGUGCGCCCGAGAUCGAGAUUGCGCAACAGCUCGCAGCACAAGCACGUGCACUCACAGGCACCGAGAGUAUCUGCUGGAAGGCGUUCGCAGAUGCAAUGGAAGUUAUUCCAACCACGCUAGCAGAAAACGCGGGACUGAAUAGCAUUCGUGUGGUCACGGAGUUACGGCACAGACAUGCAAAGGGCGAGAGGAAUGCUGGUGUCAGCAUUAAGAGUGGAGGCGUGAAGACAGACAUGAAGGAGGAGAGCGUGCUACAGCCCUUACUCGUGAGCACGAGUGCGCUGGAGUUGGCGGCAGAGACGGUGAAGUUGAUACUGCGGAUUGAUGAUAUUGCCUUGAGCCGUUGA